UACGAUGGUGCACCAAGUCAACGGAAGAAUUUUCCCUUUUCCUUUAUUUGUUCCUUGAUCCUUGUCUGUCACUCUGCUCUUCUUGUGCCUGAAUUGCUCUCCCAACAAUGUCGACAACAACAAGGACUCCAUUCCUAAUCUUCACCUCCAUACUCCUCAUCUGGGCCUGCUUGUCUUUCACGUCACCACCACUUCAUUUCAUCUAUUUCUCAAAGAUCCUAUCUUUCCUUCAAGACAAACAAACCCACUAUGUUGAAACCCGGCCAUUAAUUCGAGUUGAAGAAUCUAGGGAUUUUUUGUAUGAUCAGGAAGGUCACCCUCUGGGUCUGCCAUCCUUUUAUGAGAAAGACGUUGUGGAGCUGUGGAGUGUUCAGCAGUUCUUGAUGGACAAGAGUAAUCAGUAUGUGAUGGUGCAGUUUUAUGCUCCAUGGUGCUAUUGGAGCCGGCGCUUGAGGAGAGCAUAUGCCGAGGCCGCCAUGAAGCUGAAAGGUGAGGCUGUACUAGCCAAAGUUGAUGCUUCUGCGCAAGUUUUGAUUAGGGAUGAUUACAAGGUUAAUGGAUAUCCCACUAUGCUUUUCUUCGUCAAUGGAGUUUAUGUGGAUACAUAUUAUGGUGACAGAAACAGUGAUGACAUAGUAACCUGGGUGAGGGGAAAGAUGGGUUCCCUGGUUUACAAUGUGACAACAAAAGAGAAGGCUGAACGCAUUUUGGCUGCUAAAUCUAUGACUGUUUUGGCAUUCGUUGAUGCUUUAGAGGGUACAUACACUGAAGAGCUUGCUGCCUCCUCAAAGCUGCAUACUGAUGUCAACUUCUAUCAAACUUCUUGUGCUGAUAUUGCAAAGAUGUUUCACAUUGACCCACAAAUCAAAAGUCCUGCUUUAGUUGUGCUGAAAAAGGAGUAUGGAAUACAUAACCACUUGGAUGGUCAAUUCAACAGUAGAGUAAUAUCUGAAUUUGUGUCAUCCAGCAAGCGCUCUCUUGAGAACACUUUCAUUUUUGAAGAAGCUCCUGAGUUUCGUCAAGAGUCUACAAUAACAGGCUUGGAGGCUGAGCCCCUGCAAAUUGAUGAGAAGGACGUAGUGGAGUUAAGUGCGGGGAAUCUUAGCCAGUUCUUGAUGACAAAGGGUAAUCAGUAUGCGAUGGUGCAGUUCUAUGCGUCUUGGUGCUUAUGGAGCAAACGCCUGAGAGGGGCAUAUGCUGCGGCAGCCAUGGAGCUGAAAGGUGUGGCCGUGCUUUCCAAAGUUGAUGCUAGCAAUGAAAUUAUCGUGGGGAAGGAGUAUGAGAUUAAUGAAUAUCCCACUAUGCUUUUCUUUGUCAAUGGAGCAUAUGUGGAUUCAUAUUGUGGUGAAAGAAGCAGGGAUGCCAUAGUGACUUGGGUGAAGGGGAAGAUGGGUUCUCGGGUGUACGAUAUAAUGACGAUACAGGAGGCUAAACGCAUUUUGGCUGCUAAAUCUAUGAUUGUUUUUGCAUUUAUAUCAGCUUUGGAGGCUACAUACAAUGAAGAGCUUGCUGCUGCCUCAAAGCUGCAUACUGAUGUCAACUUCUAUCAAACUUCUUAUCCUGAUGUUGGAAAGAUGUUUCACAUUGACCCACAAAUCGAAAGUGUUGCUUUAGUUGUGCUGGAAAAGGAGUCUGGAAUACAUAACCACUUGGAUGAUCAAUUCAACAGCAGAGCAAUAGCUGAAUUCGUGUCAUCCAGUAAGCGUUCUCUUGAGAACACUAUUUUUGAAGAGUUUCAUCAAGAGUCUACAAUAUCAGGCCUGGACGCUCACCCCCUGCAAAUUGAUGAGAAGGACGUAGUGGAGCUAAGUGCAGGGAAUUUUAGCCAGUUCUUGAUGGCAAAGAGUAAUCAGUAUGCAAUGGUGCAGUUCUACGCAUCUUGGUGCUACUGGAGCAAGCGCCUGAAAGGGGCAUAUGCUGCAGCCGCCACGGAGCUGAAAGGUGUGGCUGUGCUUUCUAAAGUUGAUGUUUCAAAAGAACAUAUGGUGGGGAAGGAGUAUGGUAUUCAAGGAUAUCCCACCGUGCUUUUCUUUGUCAAUGGAGCUUAUGUGGAUUCAUAUUACGGUGACAGAAGCAGGGAUGCCAUAGUGACUUGGGUGAAGGGGAAGAUGGGUUCUCGGAUGUACAAUAUAACAACGAUAGGGGAAGCUGAACGCAUUUUGGCUGCUAAAUCUAUGAUUGUUUUGGCAUUUGUUGAUGAUUUGGAGGCUGCAUACACUGAAGAGCUUGUUGCUGCCUCGAAGCUGCAUACUGAUGUCAACUUCUAUCAAACUACUCAUUAUGAUGUUGCAAAGAUGUUUAACAUUGACGAACAAGUCCAACGUCCUGCUUUGGUUGUGCUGAAAAAGGAUUCUGGAAUACACAACCACUUGGUUGGGGAAUUCAGCAGCAGAGCAAUUGUCAAACUUGUGUCUUCGAGCAAGCGUCCUCCAUUGACGACUUUCAAUAUGGAAAAAUAUCCAAAGUUUUUCAAAAUUCCACAGAGACUGUCCUUCCGCGAGGAUUUUCAUGAAGACAAGCUUUCAACCCAGCCAAUUUGGACUUAAAAGAGAAGUCUUGAAGCUGUUUAGUGUUGUUGGAAAUGGUAUAAGUAUUAGAUGGAUCAAGUGUUGUGAAAGUUGAUGGUAAUAACUUGGAUGACGUUGCAGUCAAUAAGUUGCUUGAUGCUUUUGUAUUAAUAGUGACCAGAAAGCUUAAAAGGAUAACUGUGGUUGUUUCUGUAUUAUGUUGAAUACAUCUUCAACUAUGUAUCUGAACUACGUUUAGUGUGUUGCAUCUGCCAAGAAAACACUUUCAUAAUUUCUUUAGGAAGGAUAA